AUGGCUCGCGAAAAGAACGACAAGGACGCACGUAAAAAAGAGGAGCAAGAAGAAGAGGAAGAAGAAGAAGAAGAAGAAGAGGAGGAGGAAGAAGAAGAGGAGGAAGAAGACGAAGAAUGGACAGAACUUGUUGAACUUGAGGAGUACCAAGAUGGACCUAGUACAUAUUAUGUAGGUGGAUUUAGUACUUUAAAAAAUCUACAGGAUGUAUUAGAAAUCGUAACAUACCGUGAAGAUCUUGUUCUUGUUUAUCCUGGUUCAUAUACUGAGAAGGAGGUAAAAAUGGAUGAAACACGUUUAGAUGGUCUUCACAUAAUGGGUGUACCUGUGGCGAUGGGACUAAAGUAUGGAUAUCCUAAAAAACUACGAAUCCCUACAGAUCAACGUCGUAUAGGACCUUGGUAUGCACCUUUUGGGGCUGAGGCACCAAAACCAAUUACAGUAACUCCUACAAAAUCAGAUCCAUCAUGUUUUCCUGUAUUUAAUGGGAAAUUGGUAGUAGUUAACAGUGGACCUUUUAUUGCUACUGGUAAAGAAGAUUCAACAGAACCGGUACUAAAACCUAUCAAACACUAUGAUCCUCGAGAAGAUGCAAUGGAUGAUGAAGAGGAGGAUGAGGAGCAUGAAAGAGAAAAUGAAGAUCAAGAUGAGGAUGAGGAAGAAGCAAAUAAAAAGAAUACUGUUGUAUCACGAUUAGAAGUACAAGGUUUGUGCUUCCUUGGAGGAGUCUCUUUUGAGUCUCUUAGUCGAGCUACUAUUCGUCACUGUGUUUUUGGUAAUCAAAUAAUCCAAAAAUUAUCCGAAGUGAAUGGAGUAACAUCAUCUUCAUCUUCUUCAACACCACCACCACAGCAAGAUCAAUCAUCCUCAUCACAAGAUCAAACAUCACCAUUGGUAACGACCUUAGUAGGUCAUCCUUUAACUGCAGUACAGGUGGAAUUCUGUGUUAUUUAUGGAGGGAAAGAGCAUGCGGUUUAUGCUUUUCCACGAUGUGGGUUACGUAUUCAUAACUCACUUAUUCUCGCUCCUCAAGAAGGACAAAAAGCAGAAUCAGAGGGUUUAUUAUAUCGUGCCGCUCGUCACGCCCAACAAAGUCCAAUUCUUCGUCUUGCACAUAGAUGGCAACAUAUAUUGGAUCAAGCAAAAAUACCAAAAACAACCACAACGGCAGUUGGUGUUUACUUGGAUGAUGCAGAUGUUUCCAUUCAGGAUUGUUUUAUUGCACACAGUGGUAUUGGUAUGCUUUUAUUAAAUGGAUGCACAGGUACAGAAGUUUGUGCUACGCGAAUGGAAAGUCAUAGUACUGUUGGGAUCUUGGCUUCUGGAAGUGGGGGUUCAGCAAAAAUAAAACGCUGUGCGGUAAGGUGGUGUGGUCGAGAAUGUCUACUUAUUAAAGGUCCUGUUCCACCAUUGCUACCAGAUCCAUUGCCUGAAGAAACCCUACUGCAAGAGUCUAUGAAUGCAAAAGAAAAGGAAGAAGAAGAGGAGGAAGAGGAAGAAGAAGAGGAAGAAGAAGAAGAUGCGAAGGAAAAGGCUCUAAAUGUUGUCCCGCAGCCACCACUCAUACCUACACAGCAUCUCACAUUACGAGGAAAUGCCUUUGAGGGUGGAGUACGUCUUGAGGGUGAUAUCAGUUGCUUGUCUAUGUGUGAUAAUGUUAUUUAUAUUGGUAAAGAUGAUUCCACAACCGCUAUUCCACCCUUUGUAACACCUGCAGAAGAUAAACAUUUUGCAGUGAAGGGUUUUGAGAUUCACCUGCGUGGGGCCACACCUGCGCCAAGUGAGGCUGAGUAG